GAAGGCCCAGCUUACAUGGGGACGCUCGUGAUAGGGAUCAAGACUUGACCAGAGUGGACUCAAUCGGCGAAUCUGACUCGGACGCGGCGGAGGGCGAUGGAAGAGCUUCCGAUCUUAACCGUGAGUCAGCGCGAGCAGUUUCUGGUGGAGAACGACGUGUUCGGGUUCUUUGGUUACUUCGAGGCCAGCGACGUCUCUACACAGAGAUACAUGUUGGAGAUUCAGCGAGAUAAGCAGUUGGAUUAUCUUAUCCAAGGCUUAAGGCAGCUAGGUCCACAGUUUUCGUCCUUAGAUGCUAAUCGACCGUGGCUUUGUUACUGGAUUCUUCAUUCAAUUGCUUUGCUUGGGGACUGUGUGGAUGAUGAAUUAGAGAACAAUGCUAUCGACUUUCUUGGACGCUGCCAGGGCUCUGAUGGUGGAUACGGUGGUGGUCCUGGCCAACUUCCACAUCUUGCAACCACUUACGCUGCAGUGAAUGCACUGGUUACUAUAGGAGGUGACAAAGCCCUUUCUUCGAUUAAUAGAGAAAAAAUGUCUUGUUUCUUAAGACGAAUGAAGGAUUCAAAUGGGGGUUUCAGGAUGCAUGAUAUGGGAGAAAUGGAUGUUCGAGCGUGCUACACCGCUAUUUCGGUUGCGAGCAUCCUAAAUAUUAUGGAUGUUGAACUCACCCGGGGCCUAGGGGAUUACAUCUUGAGUUGCCAAACUUAUGAAGGCGGGAUUGGAGGUGAACCUGGCUCUGAAGCUCAUGGUGGGAACACUUACUGUGGGUUGGCUACUAUGAUUCUGAUCAAUGAGGUUGACAGUUUGAAUUUGGAUUCACUAAUGAACUGGGCUGUACAUCGACAAGGAGUAGAAAUAGGAUUCCAAGGUAGGACCAACAAAUUGGUCGAUGGUUGCUACACUUUUUGGCAGGCAGCACCUUGUGUUCUACUACAGAGAUUCUAUUCAGCGCAUGAUCUGGUACAUUAUGGAUCAUCACAUAUACCACAAGGGACAGAUAAAGAUCACGAGGACCAUCCCAAUGAUGAAGAUGAUCCUGAAGACAGUGAUGAUGAUGAUGAUGAUUCAGAUGAGGACAGUGAUGAAGGUUCAGUGAAUGGACACGGAGUCCAUCAUACAUCCACAUACAUUAACAGGAGAGUGCAACCAGUUUUUGAUAGCCUCGGCUUGCAGAGAUAUGUACUCUUAUGCUCUAAGAUCCCUGACGGUGGAUUCAGAGACAAGCCAGGGAAACCCCGUGACUUCUACCACACAUGUUACUGCCUGAGCGGAUUGUCUGUGGCUCAGCACGCUUGGUUAAAAGACGAGGACACUCCUCCUUUGACCCGUGACGUUUUGGGUAGCUACUCGAAUCUCCUGGAACCUGUUCACCUCCUCCACAACGUUGUCAUGGAUCGGUACAAUGAAGCUAUCGAGUACUUCUUUAAAGCAGCAUGACCCGUCCUCGCCAACGUAUGGGAAACUCUUGGCAUGAGUGAGUUUUUAUAGUGUUGUACUUGUAUGUAAGUUAUCAACAGAAGUUUCACUAAUCUGCUAUCAUAUAUAGCUAAAGUUAAGAAAUUUACUAAACGAAACAUUUUUAGUGGAAACGCCUUGUCUCUUAA